UUGACUAUAGUUGUUCCUCCAUUUCUCAUUUCUUAGGAAAGUGUUUGGACUACGUGAUAUGUAGUCCGAUUUUUAGUGUUUGGGUGUAACUGUUGUAUUUAUAAUGGACUGCGAAUAAAAAUCGGAGCAAAACAUUCGUCUUGGAGCGACUCGUCAGGCCAGAGGUACUAGUCAAGCCCUGCCGCGCUGAAGCUCAGGUCUGUCAACCGCAGCCAAAACAAACUGAACUCGGUUGGUGUUGAGGUUUGGCGACUUCGCUGAUUAGCAAACAUGGACAGCGAAGUGCAGCGAGACGGCAGAGUCCUUGACCUCACCGAUGAUGCGUGGCGAGAGGAUCGCCUUCCUUACGAGGAUGUUAAAAUCCCACUGAGUGAACUGCCAGAGGCUGAGCAGGACAACGGGGGAUCCACGGAGUCCGUUAAGGAACAGGAGAUGAAGUGGACGGACCUGGCGCUGCAGAGCCUUCAUAUUUAACACACACACACACACACACACACACACACACACACACACACACACACACACACACACACACACACACCACACAGCGAGAGAGGGACCAAACCUUCUUUGGGAGAGGGUGCAUACACACCACCUAUCCGGAGAAAGAGGAAAGAUGUGAGGAAAGAAAAUAGCUAUUGUAUCUGUGUGUAUAGAGAAACCGAGAGUGCUCUUGCUCCCCUAAAGAGAUCUGUAUUUGUCAAUGAUUAUGUAGUUUUUAAAAAUGCCCAAAUAAACAUUUGAAAGCA